AUGGAUUCAUGGUCUGAUCUCCAGAUCAAGAAAAUGGAAGCCGGUGGUAACCGCAAUCUCAAUUCGUUUCUCUCUCAAUACGGAAUUCCCAAGGAAACAGAUAUUAUAACUAAGUAUAAUUCUAACGCGGCUUCGAUCUACCGCGAUCGGAUUCAGGCUCUCGCUGAAGGUCGCUCGUGGCGGGAUCCGCCGGUUGUUAAGGAGAAUGCUAAUACUAAUUCUCGAUCUGGUAAUGGUAAUGGUAAGGGGAAGCCGCCUCUUGCUGCUGGUUCUAAUGGAGGUUGGGAUGAUAAUUGGGGUAAUGAUAAUGAUGAUGGUUAUGGAUCUCGCGGCGGGUGGUGGUGA